AUGAGCUGGCUAAACGAGGCCUGCAACAACCUGUUGACAGGUUUCGAGGAUGAGAACAAAUCCGCCGGCCCGAGACCGCACGGACGUAGCCGGCCGACGCACGCGCGGGGGUGGAGUGACGAGCCGGCCGCGGGGGCGUCUGUGGGGAGGAGCCGGAGGCGCGGGGUGGCGAGUAAGCGGAGCCGGCCCGCGGGGACGGCCGGCUGCGAAGGCGGACGCCGGCUUGGAGCGGCGACCCGGCCAACGGGCGCGCGCGAGCCGGUCGGCCGAGCGAGGAGGCGGCCAGACGAGGGCGACGUUGGGGGCGGGCUCCGGCAGGCGGCGCAGGAGCCGACCCUGGCCGGGCGCACGGAGCGAAGGCGGAGUCGGCGUAGCUGGGAAGCCGGCAGCCACGAGGCGGCGAGCGACGCGGAGGCGCGGGCCGGCUAUGGUCGAGGCGGCGACCCGGAGCCGGCCUGGGGAGGCCCGGCACUGGGGAGGCGCGGCCGAAGGCGGGCGCGGGUGGUACAGGCGACGGGCGCGGGGACCGGCUGCGGGUGCGGGGGACCCGGCCGCGACCCGAGGUGGCGAGGAGCGGAGGCCGGCGCAGGGCCACGGCGGCCGGCUGCGGCCGGGGUGGAGGCCGGGCGCGGCAGCGUUGGUGUGGGCGAACGCGGGGCAGUCGGCCCACGGGGGGAAGAGUCGGCAUGGAGCCGUCAGGCGCAGGGGAGCGCGGACGCCGGCAAGAGGAGGAGGCGCCGCGCGCGCGUGGGGUGGGAGCUGGCUCGGAGCCGUGCGCGGUGGAGCGCUGGCACCGGCGGGAGCGGGCCCUUGGCCGGGCACGGGGCCGACGCGGUCGGCGUGGGUGCUGGGGCAAGCGCGGGGGAGGCAUGGAGCCGGCCGGCGACGAGCAAGACCAGGCGCGGUCGGAGCGGAGGCUGGGCGGAGCUGGCACCGCGCGUGGCGACCCGGCAGGCGGCCCGGGAGGCCAUGAGUGGCGCAGCCGGGGCGCGGGCCGCGAGCCUGCGGGGAUCGCUGGACGAGGCGGAUGAGCAGCAGGGCCGCGAGUCGGAGGUCGGCUCGCCGGGGCAGGGCGCGGGAGCCGCCGAGGUGGCCGGGCGAUGGAGCGGAGCCGGGCCGGACGUGGUGCAGGUGGCGGGGGCGCGGAGGCCCGGGGCGCUGCUGAGAGCGGGGCCGAACCGCGGAGCCGGCGCGUAG